CAACUUUUUAAGAAUCUUUUCAGAUUUAUAAGUACCUUUCUCGUAUUCAUUAAAAAAUACUUCCAAAAUUUAAACGUAUAGAAUGUCUUCAAAUGGUAAAAAUACAAGUAUAGAAGGUGAUGGCCAGUGCAGUGUAGUUCAUGUAAAAAAUAUUAUCGGUGAUAAAUAUUUAUACGAAAAAUAUAAUGUCCGACGUUUGACCGAAAACUUAAUUGCCAAUAAAUUGCAACUAUCUGUACAACCACUUAAUGCAUCACAGGAUAAGCCUAGUGUUGAGGUACCUUCAAUGAAUAAUCAAGAAGAAAAGAUAGAAGAUAUUGUUGGUGUUAAGUUAAGAUUUAUUAAUGAUCAAAAGAGUAAUGAUAACAGCAAUGGUGUUGAUGCAUCAAAGCAACCACAAUAUGAUGCAAGCAUAGAUGAAAGAUUACCAGAGACAGUCACAUUGCUCACUACGCCGGAAGGUGGAAAAUUAUAUUUAGUAGGCACGGCACAUUUUAGUGUUGAGAGUCAGAAUGAUGUUGCAAUGGUUAUUCAGGCUGUACAGCCUGAUACAGUAGUAGUUGAAUUGUGUAUAUCCAGGAUUGCUGUUAUGAAUAUUAGUGAGGAAGUUCUCUAUCGCAAUGCAACAGAUUUAAGUUUACAAAACUUAAAGGAAAUAUUAACGAAAUAUGGAGUUCACAGUGGCUUGUUACACAUUCUAUUAUACCGAAUGGUAGCCCAUGUUGUUAAAGAACUUGGAAUGGCACCAGGUGGUGAAUUCCGUACAGCAUUUGAAGAGGCAAAAAAAGUACCAAAUUGUAUAAUUCAAUUGGCCGAUCGGUCAAUAAAUAUCACGCUUCAACGUACAUUAAGGGUAUUGUCUUGGUGGGAAAUUAUAAAGCUUAUGUGGAUAGUAGCACGUUUAAAUGGUAGUAUCAGUAAGCAAGAUGUGGAAAAGUGCAAACGAAAGCGUGUAAUAGAGGAAAUGAUUAAUUUCCUGAAAGAAAAAUACCCAGCAAUAGAGAGGACAUUUGUAGCAGAGAGGGACCUCUUCCUAACCUACCAUCUUCAAAAGGCCGCUUGCGUCCAACGUACCGCAGAAGGGUCAAAACCACCAAGAGUCGUAGGUGUUGUUGGUAUGGGGCAUAUCAAUGGAAUAGUAGCAAACUGGGGCAAAGUAAAAGCUUCUGAUAUACACGCUAUCAUGUGUGUGCCUCCCAAACCACUGUCGAGUAAAAUAUUGAUAUUCAUGUUUAAAGCUUCCUUAUUCGGAGCAGCAAUUUAUGUGGGAUAUAAGGUAAUACCGCUGCCAUCAAUUAGUGUAUUCCAGUCUCUGAAGUCGUCAAUUGAGGGGCUAUUGAUGUAAAUUUGGGCUUGCUGAUGUAAACGUAUAUCUACAUAUACAUUUUUAAUCGAACAACAAAGAGGAGAAAACAAAAAAACAAUUC